GGAAAGGAAAUCCCGCCGAGCUGCUGCUGCGGCUGGCGACGUUACAUGAAGGCGCAGAGUGAACAGCGGAGGAUACGCAGUAGCGGCUCAUGGCCGCGGCUUUUGGAAGGCGAGUAGCGGGCGAGCGGCGCUGGUAGAGGCCGGACCGGCUGGGUUUUGUGCGGCUUUUUUGUCCCGCAGUGGGCGACAUGGCGGAUUUCUCCCCCGAGCUGCCGCUGCGCUGCGGCUCCGAGUCAGACAGCGAGCUCUCGCAGAGCCUCGCCCGCAUCAAGACGCGCUCUUACGGCAGCACGGCCUCCGCAGCCGCGCCGCUGGGGGAGAAGUACGUGGAGCACCGCGUGGCGGACGGGGACACCCUGCAGGGCAUCGCGCUCAAAUACGGGGUCACGAUGGAGCAGAUCAAACGGGCGAACAAGCUCUUCAGCAACGACUGCAUUUUCCUGCGGCACAGCCUGAGCAUCCCGGUGCGGACGGAGAGGCCGUCCCUGUUUAACGGACUUUCUCUGGAGUCUCCGGACAGCGAGAGCACGACCCCUCAGGGGUCCCCCUGCGUCAGCCAGUCGGUGGAGGACGUCCCCCAGGAUCCCCAAGACCACCCUUCGCCACCAGACCCAAACACGCGACCCCCCCAGGCUGAAGAACUCUCCGCUAAAGACUACUUGCACAUGCUGGACUUGCAGAUCAAGCGGUCCAAGCAGGCCGCCCGGAAACUCAAAGAGGAGGACAGCAGGGAAGAUGACGACCCGACCCUCCAGCAUCGUCUUAUCAGGAGAUAUAACACACAUCUGAUCACCUGUUUACGUCCAGCUAAGACAGUGGCCUCCACCUUUCGCCCACUCCUCCACCCGGUCCUCCGUUAAACUCUUUUCUUGUCUUUUUUUUUUUUUUAACUUUUGCUUGCUUUUACCAGUUUCAUAAAACAGGACUUUUACACCUUCACUGCCUUUCAGAAAUGUAUUAUUAUUAUUAUUAUUAUU